AUGCCGCGACCCAACUUUGACGAUCUUCUGCACAGCCGCCCGUUUCCCCUCGUCCUAAAAAUUCUGAACAUCAUCGGCGCCUUCGCCUGCGGCUCCUAUUCACUCUUUCUCUUUAUUACGCACCGGUUCAACGAUGUCCGCACCUUUGCAGCGCUCCUCUACCUGCUGGGAUUUUCCAUUGUGAUCCCUUCGGCGGAGUCGGGACUGAUGAAUCACCCGAUGCUCGCCAGCUUCGCGCGUUUUCUUGUCUCGCCGAUCGGCCGCGCCUUCCUGUACGUGUUUAUGGGCGGCGUGAUUCUUGGCAAUGGUAUUGGUGGCUGGGUGAUCGGUAUUUAUCUCUUCGCCAUCGGCGUUCUCAACAUCUGUGCUGCGUGUAUCCUGAAGUCGUAG